UGGCUAUUAAGCAUAUGCACAGAUAUGUGCCACAUGUACACAAACACAACGACAGUCAUUCUUUCUCGUGAAUUUAAAGAGCGCUGUCUUUCUUUAGAAAUUCCCAAGAAAACCACGGCACCUGUUCAUACGUUAAACUACGCUAACGAGAGCUGAUCAGUAUUAGUUGGGUACAAUUUCUGAUGUAUCCACGUCCGCAGUAUUCGUCUUUACCAAUAAGUUCGCCAAAUUUAAAGAGAAAAAUGGAAAAGCUUAGUGCGGAAGAAUCUCUUUUGAAAAAGUACCUGAAAAUAUUUGCAGUCGUUACAGCAUACUGGGCUGUAUCGAUUUCACUAGUUUUUAUUAAUAAAGCUCUUUUAAGUGGCAGCACAAAUGGAACAACAGUGGAUGCACCUUUAUUUGUAACAUGGUUUCAAUGUGUUGUAACUGUCGCCCUGUGUGCCAUUCUAGCAUUUGGUGCCAAGUUUCUCCCAAAUUUGGGAAAAUUUCCAGAACUUGGCUUAGAUGUACAAGUUAUGCUCAAAGUUCUUCCAUUGUCUUUGGUAUUUGUUGCCAUGAUUUCCUUCAACAAUUUAUGCUUGAAAUAUGUUGGUGUGGCAUUCUACUAUAUUGGAAGGUCACUGACCACAGUCUUCAACGUUCUCAUGACAUGGAUCUUGUUGGGAGAAAAGACAUCUUUUAGUGCCCUUGUCUGUUGCGCCAUCAUUGUUGGGGGUUUCUGGCUGGGAGUUGACCAAGAAGGUGUUGCUGGAUCACUAUCGAUAUCGGGAACCAUAUAUGGAGUGCUCGCCUCCCUGUUCGUAUCGCUCAAUUCGAUCUAUACCAAAAAAGUAUUGCCAUUCGUCGAUCAAAGUGUUUGGUUGCUGGGCUACUACAAUAACCUGAACGCCUGUCUCCUUUUGCCAUUGAUGUUGCUCAAUGGGGAAUUGCCGACGUUGAUGACCUUCCAGGGCUACACUAAUGUGACAUUUUGGACUAUGAUGGUGGCUGGAGGCGUGUUCGGCUUCGCCAUCGGCUAUGUGACGGGUCUUCAGAUUCAAGUGACGUCACCUCUGACGCACAACAUCUCCGGCACGGCGAAAGCGUGCGCCCAGACUGUGCUGGCAACCUAUUGGUACAGCGAAGUGAAACCGUUCCUUUGGUGGAUCUCCAAUUGGGUCGUCCUUUUCGGCAGCGCCGCCUACACUCGCGUCCGCCAGCAAGAAAUGGAGCGCAAUCACAAAUCCAAAGUGAUUGCAUCAUAAAAAACAAAACAAAAAAAAACAAAACAAAGAUCAUUGUUUUCUUGAGCUUAUUGUUACCUUUCUUUUUAUAAUGCCUAACCAUUAAAUUAUCAUUUUUGCAUAUUGACCAUUUCUGUUCUGUCCAAUCAAAAACAUCAAGAUGAUGAAUAACACAAUUUUUCCAACAUUCUA